AUGGCGCCCGAAAAAUAUGGCGAGGAGAAGGAGAUUGAUCGCCUCAGUCAUCUGGCGUCUGCACGGAAUGUUUUGCUGACACUUGGUUUAGAGGAUGAGGAUUGGGUCAUGUGGUUAGAUAUUGACAUAAAGAGGGCGCCGCGUGACUUGCUACAGCUUAUGCUAAAAGCGAAUAAAACAAUUGUUGCUCCGCAGUGCGUCACUCAAUACAGACAUUCGCUAUUUACAUAUCAUGAGUACGAUUUUCAUACUUGGCGGGAAACAGAGGCCUCAUUAGCAUACCAGGCGGGGAAGAAAAAGCCAAAGUAUAUAUUUCUGGAAGGUUACAACCAACCUCGCCCGAAGAGAAUAUAUCUUGUUGAUUUGUACAGGGACAGUGAUGUCGUAAAAGUGAACGGGGUUGGCGCAUGCGCCUUGUUAGUGAAGGCGGAUCAUCAUCGAAGAGGUUUAAACUUUCCGGCAGUCUUCUAUAAAAAUCAUAUUGGGUCCGAGGGCCUGGCUCGAAUGGCGCAGGAUAUGGGGAUAUCAGUUUGGGGGAUGCCGAGAAUAGCAGUUUUACAUUCUUGA